UAUGUGACUCUGGUUGUGAAUCGAUGGUGGAAUCAGUUUGUUAAUCUUCCGUGGCCGGACCGCCUCAUGUUCCUCAUCUCCAGCUGUGUUCAGGGUAAAGAUGAAUACGGCCGCCUGCUGCGUCGGACGUUGAUUCGUUACGUGAACCUGACCUCGCUGCUGAUCUUCCGCUCCGUCAGCACCGCCGUCUGCAAGCGCUUCCCCACCAUGGAGCACGUGGUGGAGGCAGAGUUAACCAAAUCUUAUCAAACGACCUGA